AACCUGUUUUGGCUUGAAAUUUAGCUGCUGUUCUGUGUGAAAAUCCUGCUGUUUUGCCAAAGAUUUCACUGUUCACGCGUACCAGUUACUGUUCACGCAGAAAAUUCUGCAAUUUUGCUACUGUUUUCUGCUCCUUUUCAGUCCGUUUCUGCUCUGAAAAAAUCUGAUGAAAUAUCCAUUUUUCUGGUCUUUUAGCUGGCUGUAGUUGAAUUCUAAAAAUAUCAGUUACUGUUCACGGGUGUUCACGGGUACUGUUCAUAGUCACUGUUCACACACCGAGGGUUAAUGAUUAACGGGGAUUUAAAGGUUUGGUUUGUGAUAUAAGAAUGAAUUUGGAGAUGUCUGGUUAUGUGGAGAUUGAUAGAAAUAGCACGGUGAUUAGGGGUAGUGUUAAUGAUGAUUUCAUUGUGAAUUUGUGAUAGUUCGGUAUUAAUUCUGAGGUGUUUUGAUUAGGUUCCCGAUUGUUCUGUCAGUUAGCACUGAGAUUGAGUGCUCGGUUUUAUGCAAGUGAGGAAGUGAAACCGAGGACGGGAAACCACGGGAAGUGACGAGUUAGAAGGCUAGCCAUUUUGAGAUUGACAUAGAUUUUAGAAAUAAAUCGUGAUAUUGUAAACUCGACUUUAUUGGAGAUUUAUGAUAUUGGAGCAAAUUAUAAAUUUUGAUCUUCAGAUUUUGAUGGUAUUAGUUUGUGAUUUGAAUAAGUUUCGAGCCUUGUGCACUUGUGGGACCCGUCUCACGAGUGCACGGCAUCUGUCGCGCCUCGGAUUUGGGUUCUGGGGCGUGACACAAGAGGCGAAAGUUAGUGGGAUGAAGAGUCAUGAUUGUCACAUAUUCAUGCAAAGUCUCCUUUCAAUUGCAUUCCGUGAUUUUCUACCAAAGCAAGUUUGGGAAGCACUUAUUGAGAUUAGUGAGUUUUUUAGAGUCUUAUGUUCUCCAACCAUUCGAGUUACAGAUAUGGAGAUUUGGCAAGGCAAGAUUACGAAUGCAUGGAUUGAAGAGUUUAGUAAAAAAUAAAGCCCGCCCAGAAGGACCAAUAUGUGAGAAUUAUAUAAUGAGUGAGAUCUCAUACUUUAUCUCACUUUAUUUUAAAGGAGAAGUUGAGACAAGAGGUGAUCGCAUCCCCAAAAAUCUUGUUGGCUUAGGCCCUUCUGUUAAUAAUGGCCUUUCCAUUUUCAAUAAUCUUGGAAAACCAAUUGGUUCUCUACAACAACAACGAGUGUUGACAAUGGAAGAGUGUAAUGCUGCAAUGUAUUAUGUUAUAAUGAAUUGUGAAGAACUGAAGGGAUGGAUUGAGGUUUUUGAAGAGGAAGAAUGUCAAAAUAUGACUCCCCAACAAACACAUAUGAAAUGUUCCAAAUAUCUUGUAUCAUGGUUUCAAAAAUCGGUUUUACAUGAUGAGUUUAAUGGCAUUGAUGAGCAUUUGAUUUGUUUGGCUCAUGGCCUAUCUUGGAUGGUUUCAUGCUAUAAAAGCUUUUGGGUAAACGGUUUCCGAUUUCACACGGCCUCAUAUGGAAGAAAUAAGAGAAAAAUGAAUAGCAGUGUGUGUAUCACGGGAACCACCGGAACAGAAUCAGAUUUGGAUUUUUAUGGGUUAUUGCAAGAAGUGAUUGAGCUUCAAUAUGUUGGCUCCAGACAUCGACAAACGGUUGUUCUAUUUAAAUGUGACUGUCAAGCUAAACAAGUGUAUUACACUCCAUAUCCAUCACAUAAUUCUAAUAGGAAGGGAUGGCUUGCUGCAUUGAAAUGUAGGGCAAGAAGCAUUAUUGAGAUGCCAGAUGAGCAAGAAGAUCAACACGAUGAGACAGAACCCAUUUUUCAAGAUGAUGACCCUCUACCUCCCCAGCCGACUGAAACCGAUUUGAUAUUGUAUCAACCUAUUCAGCAUACUAAUGGGACUGCAUCUGCCAUUAAUGUCGAGUUUGAGUCUAUGAAUGAUGACAAAGAAUAUCAGGAAGAGGAUGAGGAGGAAGAGGAUGAAUUUGAAGAUUAUUCUACAUCUGAGGAAGAUAAUAUUGAAUAUAUAUCUGAGAGUGAUAGUAGUGAUUAAUUAAUUAGUAAUUAAUUAAUUAGUAAUACAUAGAUACUUUUUUAUUAUUGAGUAGUGUAUAUGUGUGGUAUUUUAUAACACAGUGACUGAUAUAUAUUGUUGAUUGAUAUAAUGGAGAAAUUAAUUUGGUGAUUAUUAUUGUGGUUAGAUAUUGUCUUUAAAUUUCAUGUUUGAUUUACUUUUAUUUAAAGCUUAAAUCUAAUACAUUUUUUUCAUUUAUAUACUAAUGUAGUAUUAUUUCGUAUUUUUGUUGCAGUGAAUUGCUUACCUGGAGCAUGUAGGGGUGACAAGGCUGUUAACGUUGCCACCCAAAGGCCAACUAGAAAAAAUCAAUCACAAGCAACUGGAUCUUCCAAUACUAUUGUCCAAGAGUCUCUGAUGGAGACAACUAAUAAUGCCAGUGACACUGAUUCAAGUGCACCCUCGCCUCUUCAACCCAAAAAGGGGCGAGGUAUUGCUAAAGGGCAAAAAAUGCUAGAGGAUCCAACGCAGAAGCUGAGCAUAGGGAACUAGAAUGGGAAAAUAUUACCUAAACAAAUCCGAAAGGAUAUUUCAAUAAUUCUUAAGUCCAAUAUGCGAGAUGCAUAUACAGGUUGGGCCUCAAUAUCGCAUGAGCACAAGGAUGUGUAUUGGCAAGAUUUUCGAGUUUGUAGUUUUAUUGAAUAAAUUGCAAUAUGUUUC